UCCUCGCUGCGCUCCUCUGUCUCUCUCCCUCCGAGAAGGUAACACCAAACAGACGGACUCCAUUCAAACCAACACACCGAGAAAAAGACCCAAAACACGGGAGGAGGAAUAUUCAGAGCCGGAACAGGUGGAAGGAAUACAACGUGUUGAUCUCUUUUUCUUUUAAAAGCAACAAAAAAAAAAGUGACUGGAAGUUUUCCUGGGGAGGGAAUGAUGAGGAUUUUCAGCGCCGCGCUCCUGAUGCUCGUUCACGCCUUGGCGGUGUCCAGGCCGACCAGUGGUGCUGCCGUUGACAGGUAUGAGAGUGACAGGCAGCGGCACACCGCCGUCAUCAACUUUAUGGACACGACCAAAGACAGAAGGGCAGAGGAUGAGAGCAGAAGCACCACAACGAUGGAGUAUGGCCAGCGAGGCGAGGAAGAGGAGUACGACGAUGAAUACUACUAUGGAGACGAGUAUGAAGAUGGCAUGUCUGGAGACUAUGACAUGGAGCUGCCACGAGUUGCCAUGUCGAGCCAACCCAAAGACCCGUCUGCCAUCCUGGAGACUGAGAGCACAGAAGGAAAGAGGAGGAGAGGAAAGGGAAGAAAGAGGGCGAAAGGCAAGGGAAGGAAGAGGAACCCGUGCCUGAAGAAGUACAAGGAUUUCUGCAUUCAUGGGGUCUGCCAGUUCCUGAGGGAAGUGCGUGAAGCAUCUUGUGUGUGCCACCCAAAUUACUCUGGCGAAAGGUGUCAGUUAUUCACGCUGCCUGUGUAUUCCCCCGAGGGCUACAACCGGACCACGGCUCUGGCUGUGGUGGCGGUGGUGCUGUCGUCCGUGUGCCUCACCAUCAUAGGUCUUUUAUUAAUGCUCAGGUUUCACAAGCGAGGGGCUUAUGACGUAGAGAACGAGGAGAAGGUCAAACUUGGGUUAGCAUCCAACCACUGAAGAGACAAUGAGAGGCAAAGAUGCAGAAAUUCUACCUCAUAAUAGAAAAGAGAAGGGAAACACGAAAGAGGAGGUCUUACAGGAAAAAAAGGAACGUACGCAAAGAAAAGGAACAGAGGGUGUUGUCUGUGUGAUCCUCCACUGGACGUUCAGGUGAAUGUGUCCCUGUAGACCUCAGAAGUAAAACGGGGCCGUCUGAUACUGGAAUACUCAAUGGCCCCCAGAUGAUGGAGCGGAGACAUGGCGAGCGUGAGGUGACGAAGACGAAGGAAGGAAUGAGGGGGAGAGAAGAGGAAGGGACAAGUCUAGACUCUGUGCUGCUUCUUGACUGUGUGAAAAGUCAUCUCAGACUGAACAA